UACUCUUAAAGGAGACGUACCUCAUUCGAGGGUACUCCCGGUCAAACAAAUAUGAGGUAUGCUAUAGCUUUAAGAACUAAAUAAUACUGGAUAUUUCUAAAAUAAUAUGCGUCAUUAAACUUAUAUAUUUUAAAUAAUCUAUUUUGCUAUUUAUGCAGUGGCACAAAAAUUGAUCGUUGGCCAGGCUAACGAAACUUGGGCUGGCUCUGGCCUUGUAUGGUGGGCCUUCAUUGUGAACGCUCAUAAGUAACUAGACUUAAGUAAUCACUAAAGUCGGUAAAGGCUAUAACUGUAAGAGCGAAAUGGAGUCUGGGAAAGGCGAGGUUUCAGGCACUGGUCCUGGAACUCGGACCGCAGAGUCGACAGCGGCCUCAAAACCAUCCGCGGACUCGAGUGAGCCCUCCUGCGGUAGAGCCAGAAGCAAAAGGCGGACAAAAACAUCCUUGUUCUUCCCGGACUCCGGUGAGACUCGUUCCGUCACCUCAGGCUCUGUGCGUGUGUUACGAUCAAGGGAAGCUGGAGCUGGUACGACCUGCGAGUCCAGAAAUAUCACAUGCAAGAAAAAAGCGACCAGUUCAGGGGACGCACGCAGUCGACCUGCAGGAUCACGCACCAGAAACACACCUGUCAUACAAAGUGCAAUAAAGAAACCAACAGCCAGUCGGGCAUCCACAAAAACAAUUGGACCAAAGCUUCCCAAAACUAGAAAAGGUGGGGGGAAACCUUCAACCAGAGCCUCACACACAUCAGCAGCAACAUGCAAGCUCGAAGCUGAGUCAGGGGCGUUUUCAUGUGUGAGGGACACUGGUUCUGUGAAAGAAAGCAAUGGCAGCGUUGCAGAUCCAGAUGUGGCUCUCAAGGAGGACCUUGCAUUAAGAGAUGAUCCAAAUGACCUUGUCAAAACUGAGACAAAGACGAAUAAAUCAAAGCGCCACACAACAUCACAACACAAUGAAUUCAAGAAAGAAGAGUCAGAGAAGGAGGAAGAAGAUUGUGGCAUUAAAAAGGAAGAAACCACCAGGAAUGUAGCUCAGGGUCAAGAUGGAGUCACUGGCACUGAUCCUGAGCCAGUCAGGAAACGAGGUAAACGAGAUGAUAGAUCCCCUCGGCAGCCAAAACGAAGGAAAAAGCCACCGGUGCAGUAUGUCCGCUGUGAAAUAGAGGGCUGCGGUACUGUUUUGGCCCACCCACGCUAUCUACAGCAUCAUAUAAAGUACCAGCACUUGUUAAAAAAGAAGUACGUGUGUGAUCACCCCUCAUGUGGGCGCUUGUUUCGCCUGCAGAAGCAGCUGCUGCGCCACGCUAAACAUCACACAGAUCAGAGGGACUACAUCUGUGAGUAUUGUGCUCGGGCCUUCAAGAGCUCCCAUAAUCUGGCUGUGCACAGGAUGAUCCACACAGGAGAGAAGCCAAUACAGUGUGAAAUCUGCGGCUUCACCUGCCGUCAGAAGGCCUCCUUGAACUGGCACAUGAAGAAGCAUGACGCAGAAGCCUCCUACCAGUUCUCUUGCUCCAUUUGUGGAAAAAAGUUUGAGAAAAAGGACUCUGUUGUUGCCCAUAAAGCCAAGACCCACCCUGAGGUGCUCAUAGCAGAAGCUUUAGCAGCCAACGGAGGAGAAGUAAUAAGCACACCCACCCCAGUCCUCGAGACUCUUCCAGCAGUCAUCCAGCCUGAGCAGCCUUCUGUCAGCCAGCAGAGUUGCUCAGUAAUAAGCACUACCACCCCGGUCCUCGAGACAACUCCACUACUCACUAAGCCUGUGCAGCCGUCUGUUAGCCAGCAGAGCCACAAGGACCAAAAGAGUCAGGAGAGCCAGGAAGCGGCAAGCAGUGGGCUCACUCCACUGCAGCAGGUGGUGCUCCCAGUUGCUCCACAGUCUGAACAGGAUGUAUCUCAAGGACAGUUUCUCCAACUGCCCCGCAUGGUGCAAGUUUCACAUCAGCAGCAGGGCCCAACCUUGAUGCACUUCUCCAGCACCAGCUACCCUCAGCUCAUCCAGCUCUCCACUCUUCCAGUUAGUGCAGUCACAUCCGUGGCUUGUGUGGAACCCCAGAGCACACUCCUCACCCUGAGCUCCGUCACCACCCUGGCCUCCACAGCAUCUGUGGCUCCCCAGCAGGCCGUGCACUGGGGGAGGGAGGGGGACGUGGAUGCGCAAAUUUGCGGAGAGGGUGAUCUGUGGGAAAGGGUGGUGGUGGCAGGGGGCGGACAGGAUGUAGGGGAAAUGAUGUGGGGGGGUAACGCGGAGAAGAGGAAGGAAAAUGAAGGCACUGUUUGGGAGAGGGAGGGAGAGCGGAUGUCACAGUGUGCAGAUGUAGGUGGAGAUAGUUUGAUCUAGAUGUAAAGAGGGCGAAAUGAACUGAAGGGCGACUUUAUGUUUAUGAAGGAAACGCACAUUUUAUUCCAAUAAAACACUGAAACACUUGAAAUGCAUACAUGAUGGAUAUUUAAAAUAAUAGAAGCUGUCUUUGUGAUCUAUAUACAGUCACUUUCAGUACAGAGCUACUUUGUAUCAGGGAGUUGUUGUUUUUUUAAAUUAAUACAAUGGAUUACAUACUUUUUGACCACCUAAUAUUUUAUAAAUUUUGGAGUUUGUCAUGUAAUUUCGAGAUCAAAUGAUUGUUGGUUAUGCACAAGAAGAUCACAGCUUAUUUGUAUUUCCCUGUAGUAUUCCUGUUGUGUUGAUGUGUGUCCUUUUGAAUGGUGAACUAAUGAGAAUUACAAGGUGCAAUUAAUCCUCAAACUAUAAAAAACAACCAUACCUGAUUUCAGUUUGGUUGCUUGUCCUUUUAAGGGCAAAUCCUUACAAAUCACUGUGAGGCUGAGCUUGGAUCGCUCCUUGAAAGGCCCAUUGUGACCAUUUGUAUUUGGAGAGUCUCAGGCAUGGGGUUUGGACAUUCAUGGAGUUGUGCACCAUAAAUUCUUCCUACAUGGGAAAAAAAGAAAUAAUCUGGAGGCAUCUGAGGGAAAAUAUUCAGCUUAAACGACCUGAAUAAUACAGUCGUCACUCACCACCUUCAUCUUUUUCUCAUUUUAACACUAUCUCGAUACAUAAAUGCACAAGUUCAAGUGGUCUGAACAGGACUUCCAGGGACUGAUGUCAAAGUGACAGGACCCCAGGAAGAGACCCGGCACUUCAUAAGGAUCUGAUGAGGCUGAUGUCAAAGCCAGCACAUUUCGAUUCCACCUUGUACUGAUGUAACUGAGUUCAAAUCUGUUAACAUAUGUCUCACUCCAGUCCUCGUGAGUUGAAAUAGUAGGACAGUGGGUUAUAAACACAAGGCCAGAAUCGGCCUGGGAAAGACUCCGGUGUAGCUUUGGAAAAUGUGAAGGAGUGCUUAGAUUUGUAACUAUUAACUCUUUCAUCAGGUAAACAGCUGUUCCUAUUAACAAAAAUAUCCCUCAUUGCCAUUCAUUCUACACCAAAGUAAGUAAGUAAUAGAAUUUUUUUUUACAUUUCACAGUAAAAAAGUAAAAAGACUGGUGGAGUUUCCCUGAUCUUGUUAUUUGAGAUCAAAGUGAACUGUAUGUGGUCCACAAUGUAAGCUGAUGCUGUAGUGUAUAAAUGUUUCUGUUCUAGUGGCCCAGCCACUGUGACAGAGAGUUAGCGUGAACAACUCUGAAAACCACCUACGUUUGUUCUUCUCUUGCUCCUCUUUCUUCUCAUAUGUUGCAGUUUGUAAAGAAAAGAUUUAAGUUGCUUUCUGUGCUUCAUUAUAUUUCAGUAAACCAGGAGCAUCACACUUGGGAAAUAAACUGUUUUUCCAAAUCUUCACGUUCUUCACAGGCAGCAGUAUCAUGUUAGGAAAAUAUGUUCCCUCUGAAAUUAAUUUGAUAAUUUUUGUGUGGUUUUAUCAGACCACUGUAAUAUGAUACAAAUUAUAUAAACCUCUGUAUGUUGCUAAUAUUAAACAUACAAGAUAAGUUCAGAAUGUGUUCAGAAUAAUUAUUAAAAAUAAAUCUGUUCUCAACUCUU